AUGGGGAAAACCAUUGUUAUUGUAACCUUAUUCCUAAUCUUGUCUAUCCAAUUCCAAACAGCCUUUCCAAAGGACAAUGACCAAAUUAAAAAAAUAUAUCCGUCAAUGAAUGAUUCGAUUCCUAUCGGCACAAAUACAAUGAAUAUGACCUUUUCCCGUGCUGUUGAGUCAACAGUUCCCGUUAAUAUAUCGAUAUAUCUAAAACAUGAUGACACAAACCUUUUACGGCAAAUAUUUUUAUGCUCCAAACAAAAUUGCGUGAUUGGUGACGAUGAUGAUUCGCUUACCAUUGUUUUACUUGAUAUAACCUUUAAUGUACCAAAUGCCACCUAUUAUGUCGAAAUUGAUGAUGACUUUCUAAAGUAUAAGGAUGAGAGUGAAAUGAUUACUGGUAUAAAGCUAGGCAAUUGGAUAAUCAAAACGACAGGAGAAUACAACAAAACUAAUGAUGAUUCUGAGAUAAUAUAUGGAGUCAUACGAUUAAACAUUGAAGGCACACAAUAUUAUAAGAAUUUAAAAGAUGAUACAGAUGAUACAACAUAUUUUGACGGAAUGAUAAAACAAAUUUCGGAAAGCAUUCCAGUAGAUCUUUUACGAUUACAUUAUUCGCGACAUUAUCUUGAAUUUGAUAAUGAAGAAUUACUUUAUAUGAUAUUUAGGAUUAAUCCUCCCAUAGUAGGUGGAUUUAAUAAUAAAAGUACCAAAGAUGUUUUUGAUGAUUUUUACAAAUUAUUAAAAAUCAAUAGUGAAAUUAAAACAUACUUGGACCUUAAAAAUCACACAAAAUAUAUAGAUAAAAUCUUCGGACUUCGUAAAGCAUCUAAUUUAUGGGAAGAAAUUAAAAUCAAAUUAUUAUACCUAAAAGACGAUAAAGUAUUUUUAUCAGUUUUCAUAUUUAGUUUAGUUUUGUUAGUUAUUCUAACACUUGGAGGUUAUUAUUUAAAUAAGGAUGCAAAUAAUUUGAUAAUAUUUCAAGCUGCUUUUACUUUAUUUGAUAUUGCCAAUGAUAUUAUAUUUCUUUUUAAACUUAAGAAUAAUUUGCAUGAUUUGUUAAUCCCAAGUAUUAUUUUCACAAUUGUCCCAUUUCUGGUGAAUUUGGUCUUGGCAAUUUAUAUAUUGAAGCAUGAGAAUAAUUACAAUAUUAAAUUCAAAAAUUGGUUUGAUAAAAAUUUAAAAUUAGCUUCAGCAAUUGUGGUUUUUUGUGUAGGAGAUGUUGGACUACUUCAUUUACUGGAUUCAAAGUUUGCUAACCUUGAAAUAUUUGAAGCUCCAUUUCAAAAUGAACAUUUGAUAUUUCGAGGUUUACUUUUAAACGUAAUUAUUGAAGACAUAUCUCAAUUAGUAAUACAGAUAUUAUAUGCUAUAGCAAUAACAACAACAGAAUAUAGCGACAUUGCUUUGCUCACUUUAAUUACAAGUUUUGUAAUGGUUUUCAUAAAUGUAGUUUGUUUUGCUUUUGGCAUUAUUUUAAAGAAACACAAAAAAAGACGUGAAGCAAAUAAUAUAGAUUCUAUAACACUAAAUGAAGCAAGAUAUCCAACACAUAUGGACCCUUUACAUGAAACAGCAAGAUAUCCAAUAACCUCGCAACCUUCUCUUAUUACUUACCAUGAAAUUCAAGAAAAUCGAUCACCUUCU